AGGGGAGGGGGGCACCUUCUCGGAGAGGAUGCCCGGAGCGGCUGCAGGGACGGCGGCUACGGGAGCAGGCUCGUCAGGAGCGGUAGCAGCGGGGAUGCUCCCAGCUCAGGAAGCAGCCAAGAUCUACCACACCAACUACGUGCGGAACUCGCGGGCCAUCGGCGUGCUCUGGGCCAUCUUCACCAUCUGCUUUGCCAUCGUAAACGUGGUGUGCUUCAUCCAGCCGUACUGGAUCGGGGACGGCGUGGACACCCCGCAGGCGGGCUACUUCGGGCUCUUCCACUACUGCAUCGGCAACGGCUUCAGCCGGGAACUCACCUGCCGGGGCAGCUUCACGGACUUCUCCAGCCUGCCCUCGGGAGCCUUCAAAGCUGCGUCCUUCUUCAUCGGGCUCUCGAUGAUGCUCAUCAUCGCCUGCAUCGUCUGCUUCAUCCUCUUCUUCUUCUGCAACACAGCCACCGUCUACAAGAUCUGUGCCUGGAUGCAGCUGACCUCGGCUGCCUGUCUCGUCCUGGGUUGUAUGAUUUUUCCUGAUGGCUGGGAUUCAGAUGAGGUAAAGCGGAUGUGUGGUGAAAAGACAGACAAGUACACGCUGGGGGCUUGCUCAGUCCGCUGGGCAUAUAUCCUGGCAAUUAUUGGAAUCUUGGAUGCCCUGAUCCUCUCAUUUCUGGCAUUUGUGCUUGGAAACAGACAAGACAGCUUGCUAGCAGAGGAGCUCAAGUUGGAAAACAAAGUCCUACUAAGCCAAUCCUCACUAGAAUGAGCACAAAACAAAUGAAUAACAGCUUUUGUACAUCAACAUUAAAAUGGGAAGAAGCUUGGGAAAGGGCCUCCAACAGAGAAGAAUGCUGACAAGUGCAAAAAUGCCUGAUGGAUAAGCACCACCUUCUAAACAUAGAUCAGCCAGACAUGGAAGUGAUUUCAGAAGAGAAAUGCAAUCAUGGAUUACACACCAGCUCAUUAGAAACUGUUGCUGAAUUCAGCAUCCAGAAGACAUGCAUGAAAAGUCACAUUUGGGGAAUAAAUUAAAAGGGGUGUAGUUGUUGCUAGAUAAACAUAUGUAAUAUAUAUGCAUUGAAGAGGUUUGUAAAUGUCAUUUUUUUUAUUCGGACGGAAAGCAAAAAGCUUUAAAACCUUUCACAGUAGAGAGGCAGUUAACUUCAGACUAUUCCUAUCCCAGUAGCCAAGAAGCUGUUAGGACAUCUCUCUUAAAUUAGCAUUUAUAGACUCUGAAUGUUUCCAUCACCUAGUGGAAAAAGCAUAACUUUUACUGCUACAUUGCUGCACUUCAUUUACUUCACUGUAUAAUAAGUUGACUAAAACUGUAAAGCUUCUCAAUUUUUACUGCAUAUGUGUUCCAAUUAAUAUGUCUGUAACAAACUUAAGACUCAAAAAUUAUUUCUGACCUAUAUUCUAGUUCUAUGAAGCAUAUAUACUAUAAGGUAUGUCUGACUGAAUAUCAUAAUGCUAUAAUUUCCCAAGAUGAAUAGAAUUGUUUGUAUUUGAAGUGACAAAAUAAAAGCCCUUGAUUUCUUUUUUAGUAGAAGAAAGUAAUUUACCCCUUAAAUGUAACCCACUGCUGCUCACUUCAAGGGUGUUUCUUUUCCCUGUUCUGCCAUGCAGCUGUGAAGUGACACUCUGGCCCAUGCUAAUGCCAAUCAGACAGGGUGAUCUAAUAAGACCUUCUGGCCUUAAGUUUAAACUCAAUACAACUCAGUAAACCCUGAGUUUAAGCUCAAUACAAAAAUUGACAAACUAGUAAGCAAAUACAUCUUGCAAAUAGCCAUGUUAGGGCUGGAUGCAAAUAGCACAGGGGCACUGGUGGGGAAGUCAUUCCGUCCCCAGGUCCCAAAGGGCACAUUCAGUUCCAGAAGCCACUGAGAAAUAAAACAGGAGUAGGCACAGAAGGAGUUCCUAGUGAAAGGCCUGGAUGCAAGCACCCAGCACAGAGCAGCAGAGGGAGGCAGAGACUCCCCCUCUGCUCCUCUCUAACCCUCCCACCAAGGCACACGUCUGUCCUGGCUCGGGACUGGCCAUGAGCACGUUGCUCCCUACAUGCCUCUAGGUUCUCCUGUGUAUCACAGAUUAAUCCAGUGCAAAAUGAGCAGUCCAGUGCUGAUUCCUUCAGGAGUUUUAAAGCCUGUUCCUUAAUUCUUUGGCUUUCAGGGGAAAUGGCUAAAAUAAUAAUUAAUUGCUAGUGUUGAUCCCAAAUAGUGCAAAAUGCUGAAGACAUGAGGUAAACAUGAGUUAAAACUGCUUUUUAACUACAGACUGCACAACAAAAAUUAUUCCAGAAUUUAGUGCAUGAAUCUCAGAAAGAUUCAUUUUACUUUUGAAAGAAAAAUUUACUUUAAGCAAACUGCCAAUAAACAAAUACAGGGAAUUAGAUAACUUUUCUGUCUAACUACCAGGGUACCAAUGUGGCACUGACUUCACUUGGAUGUCAGACAAGAAAAUUUAUGUGUGAAUCUGGGCAGCAUUUAAAAAAAAAUAAUAACUUUUCUAAUCUGAAACUGUGCUUGUAACUGGAUGUAGAAAAUUCUUCUGACUUCUAAAGGACCAGGACUAGCUGGUCAAAAACCCCACCCAAAUCAGUCAACCACCAUAAACAUCUUCCCCGUACCUGCCAUUGACCUGAAGGGGAUGGAAGGUAAAAAACAGUAGUUCACACAUGAGGCAGCAUGAACUCAUUUAAGGGCCCACUUCAGACAGGUUUUUUAAUCUCUGGUUAGUCCAACCAGUGUCAGCUGGAAAAUGCACAUCCUCAGGGGCCAGAUGCAUUCAGGAGUCCCUGUUAAGUGGUGUCUCAGUGAAGCCCAUCCUCAUUCUCUGCUCUUGUUGGCUCACAACCACAGCCACACCUCAAAGCCUGUGAAAGAGCUCGUUAUCUGGAUGUGCUCUCAUAUCACCAUCUUCAUUUGCUCCUUAAGUUUACCUCUAUCUCACAUUACUGCAGUCAUGGCACUUUUGCUGUGACAGAAAUCACCAAAACAGGGUUUUUCUGUAUUAUAUUACUUUGUUUAGCAUCAUGGUGAUGUUGUAAUGUAAAAGCCCUUUCUAAAUACACACAAACAUUGCAAAAGAAGUGCCAUCACAAGGCAUCACAACCCUGCCAGGGCAGCUCAGUGAAUAUGUACAAUUUGUACACAGUCAAAAGGGAGAGACAUACCAGGAUGUACAUCAUUAAAUGUUGACUCAGUAAGAAUAGUAUGUCUUAUCUUUUUAAUUGUUAUCACCUUCCCAUCCCACUCCAUUGUAACUUGUCAAUUGUAAUUUCUUUUUAAGUCAAAAAACUGUAAAGAAAACUGUUGAAAUACCUGAUUUUCUGUGAAAGUAAUAAUAACAAUAAUUUUUGUUACUUCAAAGUAUGCUUGGUAUUAAAGUACCUAAUAAAGUUCAACAAAGACUUUUGUAGCAUACUAAAAUAAAGUGUGAUAGUGCUUUCCUCCAGCUCGUCUGUGAUAAGGGCAGCUGUUGUUGGGAUCACUGCUCUCCUAAACACAAGCCUGGACACCUCCUUCACGUCUGUACCUACAGAGGUCCCUCAGGUAUGUCAAGUCCAGGCAGAAUCAGAUCCCUUAAUGAGUGCAGGGAUUUGUAUUCAUGGGUCAAAUUCCUAGGAGAACCUUGUUGGUAAGUCAUCUCCACUUUCCGGUACCUGGCUACAUAUCCAUAAAUGGGCAACACUAUAAACUUCUUAAUUACUCUCUUUGCUAUAAAUCUUUGUUUAUAGUAAGAGAAAGAAGAGUGUAAAUUAUUUAUAAGUUAAUUAUGGUUAAAUAGAGAAUUGCCAGGUUUGUAGCAUGCUGUUCAUUUUUAUGGGCAAUGGAUUUCAGUUAUUUAUAAAUAGAUUGGAAAUCCCAAACAAGUGAUUUGGAUGACACAGUAAAGCUCAGAAGUUGAUCGCCACCUAAUUUCACCAUGUGAAGGUACACUGGAGCCAUCAAGGGCUGUCACACCAUUCCAGUUUGCACCAACAGGAGGUAAGUACUUCCUUGUCAAAGAGAUGCUGGAUUUGCCUCGAGUAUCUGCAUUUGGAGAUGAUCUAGAAAUUAUUGUGACUGUGGUCUAAUUAUGCCCAAACUUCCAGGCUCUCACACAUUUCAAUCAGAAUAAUGGAUCAGUUUCCCUCACACUAUCUAUCUUUCCCUGUUCUAGGGAGGAAAAUGUAAUGCCGGGCCCAGCAGCUUUCUGUCUGUUUUCACUGCUAGUCUGAUAUCCUUCAAACAUUUAAAAGUUUUAGUAGUUUCAUCUGAUUCUCUGAAGAUUUGAAAUGGCGUAAGAUCUAGACAGUUUAAAGUAAAUAAAAAACCUACCCUAGAUUUAUCCUAACUAGUUUACACAUUGAAAAGACAGCCAUAUGCUGAAAUAGGUUCCGAGGCGUGCUAGAAAGAAACACUUUUUUGCCCAUGUACUGAAGAUUUACACAUUUCUCCUUCCCAAGGAGCUGUGUACAGAAUGGAAUGGCUUUGCCUGCUGUUGGAGUAGCUGGCAGUACAUGCACAUAUGGCCUACAUUAAUAAUUUGAGUAGAGACUUUCACAGAGGGCCUGGAAUUCUGCAGAAGGUAGAAUACGUAGUUUAAAAAUCCAUUCUCUUCCCUUUAGAUCAAAUACCAUUUGUGUCGUGAUGCUGAAAACACAAAGCCAAAGCUUGCAGUGAUCCAAUACUGAUGUGAUGCUUUCUAUUACCCAUCUGUCUCUCUUAAAUUUUUGCUUAUUGUUACUUAACGCUGCCUUCUGAAAUGUCUUUUUAAUUUUAAAAAGUAAAGUGAUAUAUCCUUCCUUUCUUCCAGAUAGUCUCAUAAGCCCAUGGAGGGGGUGGGGGGAGAUGGGGACGGCAGUUACACAGCUUUUCCACUUCAAAAAGUGACAAGAGAAGUAUUGCCUCUGCAGGAGGAAAAUCUCCAGGGAAAAAAGUAUAAGCAGACACAUUAUGCUCAUCAACUCCCAAGAGGAGAUGUGGCUCCUAAUUGCCUAUGAGACACUACAAAGCUCUUCUCCUUUUGAAAGAGCUCCAAAAGUUGCUGCAAAGCACUUCCUGAGAUCACCACUGUGAGACCAGCUUCCAAGGUUGAGCAUCAGCUCAGUCACCUGGGAAAACAGCUUGGAAGUGAAAAUGCUUUAAAAAGCUAGGAGCUGGGGCUGAAUUGACCUCCACAAACCAAUUUUAAAUUGGAAUAACAAUGUGAUUUAUUACUCCUGAUUUCUUCAAGUGCAAGGUAGCUUUUUUAUAUUAGCCUAGUAUAGCUGUUAGGAUCAUUAAUAAGCAAAAUUACAUAUUAUUGUUGGUAAUUUCUUAGAGGAAAAGUGAAAUAAAGAUUGUCAGAAUCCUAUAUGCUAGAAUGAAGUCUCCUUGACAUGAUUACCACAUAUUUUUAAAGUAUUCCCAGAGUUUAACAACAGAAGGUGCUCUAGAUCAUCAGCUACAUUACCAAUUACACAGACUCAGGACUCCCCUGUCAGAUCCAGCACAGGAAGGUAGGAAUUUUGCUCUGCCAUAGCAAAAACCAGGAACUUCAUCACUUUGACAACUCUCAAGGAUGGCUUUCACACAAGAUAUCAGGCAAGACUCUGGGAUGUCAGCACAAAUUUCAGGCUUAAAGGUAUGCAAUUAGCACCUUGAUUCUCCUUUAUAUAACUUUAAGCAACACAAUACAAUAUUAGUAAGAAGCUAGAUAUUCAGUUUGAAUAACAAAAUUGGUUAUCCUCUCCAUUUGCUUUGAUUUCUUUUUCCAUCAAAGAAAUUAAAUUAGUUGAAGUGUCACUGGAAUAUUCUGAGGGUCUACUAAGUGCCUGCUGUAUUUGUUGAGUUUCUCAAAUGGCAACAGAAAGUAAUGUAAAAUAUUAUGCUCCUGAGGCCAUGAGCUGAGAUGUUUGGUGACGGAGCUUUCUAGAAGAGCUUUUAGGUGAUAAGCUACUAUAUAUGUCAUCAAGAAAGGAGCUGUUUUAGUCAGCCAAGCUUAAUUUAUGUAUGCUUGAGAAGGAUAAGGAAUAAAAUAAUUCAGAAAGAAAUUCAGGCUUAAUACAUGCCAUCACUGUUUGGGGGGAGGGGGUAAUUUUUAUUUUAUAUGCUUUAAUAUAAGAUGAAAAUCCUCAUUUAUAGGUUUCAAUUUAUUUUUCUUUAAUAAUGUGGAAAUUCUUCACCCACAAGGUACCUUGGGUAUGCUGAAAGCAGUGGAGAGGCUUUCCUGGAGCAGCAACAGGCACGAUGGAUGUUGUCCUUAUCUGUGCUGCCAUCUAAUGGCGCAGCAGCAUCUGCGCGCGUCGUCCUCGGGAGUUACUUAAAGGCAGUUUUGCAUUUCCCUUCAAGGGAACAAAACCAGUGCCCGCAUUACCUCCCGGGCCUCCCAGACACGGGGCAAAAUCCAAGAGAUGAAACCAUCACCAUAUUAACUCGCACUGCAUAAAGUCUGAUAGGAAGUUUGAGAUCUUCUAUGUUUUUGUUUGAAUUUCUGGAGACUGCUGAGAAGAAUAAGUUUUUUCUCUGCAAAUGUGGAUGAGAACUCUGUUUAACAUUUAAAAAGCAUUUUCCAGACCUAUUGAGCCCAACAUUUCCAGGGGGCAGGCCUCAGCAUUUCCCAGAUACGACAGAUACUAAUUUCUAUUUACCCAUAUAAUUGUAGAAUGGUUUGGGUUCAAAGGGACCUUAAAGAUCACCCAGUUCCAGCCCUCUGCCAUGGGCAGGGACACCAUCCAUUAGACCAGGCUGCUGAAAGCCCAUCCAACCUGGCCUUGAACACUUCCAGGGAUGGAGCACCCACAGCAUCUCUGUACCAGUUUUAAACCUUUAUCACCUGUCCUGUCACUGGGACCCUGCACUUGGCCUUGUUGAAAUUCAUGAGGUCGCCAUGGGCCCACUUCUGGAGCUUGUCCAUGUCCCUCCCCAUGACAUGCCUCAGAAGUGCCAAGUGCACCACUCAGCUUGGUGUUGUCUGCAGACUCUCAGCUCCAGCACACCAGGCAAGCUGCAAGUUGUCAAAGCUCUGAGUGGCAUUUGGGAGCAUGGAAGGGAGGGAUAGAACAGCAGAAGUAGGAGGCACCAGAAUGAAUGGGAAAGUUAGGUAGUUUAAGUCAGACCCAGGAGACAACAAUAACUGGUCAGCAUUCCUCCAAAUUGCUCUAGUUGAAAAAGCAGAGGUUAAGGAGGCUACUGAAAUAAUGACUCUGAGAUGAUACUGAAUAUGGCAUUGAUGAGCUAUGAUCAUGAAAUAGGGAACUAUAAACAUCUUCAAAGGUGACAGGACAUAGAAAAUUGAUGGUCCCUAAAGGAACAGAACAUCAGAUUUAGGUCAUUCUAGAUAGCAUCUGCUCUGAGAAAUGCUAAAAGGAUGAAAUCUGAUUAUGGAUUACCAGGCUGAGGGCUGGGAGCAGCUAAAGCCCCUAAUCCCAGAGGAAGAAUGCAGGGACUCUAGAACCCACUGAUCAGGAGAAAAAGCAGGCUGUGAGGGUGUAGUGAGACCUAGGCUGUGGCAGGAAUACCAAUAACAACAAACUCUUCCUGCCUGGUAAGGCUGUGCAGCCUCCCAGAGAGACGUCCCCAGGCCCCAACCACUCCCAGAGGAGGUGGAGAACAGGAACCAGAGGCAGGGCCAUCAUACACAGGCAUGGCCUGAGGAAGGAAAUGGCUGGGGAUAUAGCAAAGCCCAGAGAAGUAAACUGGAAAAAGUCCAAAGCCAACACUAGAGUUGGGACAGGAUUUUUGGCAAAGAAGCUGCCAAAGCAAUAAGAAGGUAUCACC